UCAAAUUAUGACUGUCUUUUCAGCCGUCAGAAUAACUAUCGGUCUUAAAAUGUAAAGUUGUUACAGGGAAAUAAUACAUUUAAACAGAACAAAAUGGAGUUUGGUUGAGAAAGAAAACAUAAAAACAUAAAACAUGAUAUCAAGGUUCUCUUGAAAUAGAAUUAAUUUAAUUUAAAAGGAUGAAAUGAUAAUCAUAAACUUAAUAUCAUAACGUUGAAACGAAAUUAAAGUGAUAAACCCAACUAAAGAAAUGGAUAACCUUGAAAAACAACUAGACGCUAAUAGAGGAGAUCACUGAAAAAUGGUUUUACUGAAUACAGAGAGAUACAAAUGGUCAAGUCAUGUAGGAUCAAUUCUCUUACUGGCCCUAUACUGUUAUAGUCCUGUUCAUGGUGACUGUAACUUUACAUCUGGUAGUGCUAAAGAAGUGAAAAUGGAAUAUAGUUCAUCUAUAAUUGACCAUGAAUACAUUGUAUCUUUUAAUGGGUACUAUAAAACACAGACCAGGAAACGUUACCUAACAGCUGCCUUACAUGAAUCAGGUGUUCCGUCAUGGAAGAUUCUUCCUAGAGAUAACCCAGCCUAUGAUUAUCCCAGUGAUUUUGAUGUUGUUAAGUUGAAUGAUGGAAAGAAGGAAGCACUUGAUGCAUUGGAAAACCACCCAGUUGUGAAGAGAAUAACUCCUCAUAAAAAGGUUACAAGGUCACUCAAAUAUGUUAAAGAUCCUGACUAUCCAAGUGAAGAUACAAAAACACCAAAAGAUUUGAAUAGUUGUAAUAAGACAGACUGGCAACAGACAUUCACUUCAUCCAGAACACAGAGUAGAAGGAGUCUUUCACUUAGUGCAACUUACUGGCAUUCACCUAAUCGUCACAGAAGCAGAAACUUGUUGAGAGCAGUUCCCAAACAGAUUGUGAGUGCACUUCAAGCCGAAAUUUUAUGGAACAUGGGAUACACAGGAGCUGGUGUUAAAGUAGCAGUGUUUGAUACUGGUCUAGCUGAAAACCAUCCACAUUUUAAAAGAGGCAAAAUAAAAGAUCGAUCAAAUUGGACCAAUGAAAAGUCAUUGGAUGAUGGACUAGGUCAUGGUACAUUUGUAGCAGGUGUUAUAACAAGUUCUAAAGAAUGUCUAGGUUUUGCUCCAGAUGCUGAUAUUUAUGUCUUCAGAGUUUUUACCAACAAUCAGGUUUCCUACACCUCCUGGUUUUUAGAUGCCUUUAACUAUGCUAUAUUGAAGAAGAUCAAUGUCCUGAAUCUGAGUAUUGGUGGACCUGAUUUCAUGGACCAUCCAUUUGUAGAUAAGGUUUGGGAACUUACUGCUAAUAAAGUGAUAAUGGUUUCUGCCAUUGGAAAUGAUGGACCACUUUAUGGGACCUUAAACAAUCCAGCAGACCAGAUGGACGUUAUUGGUGUUGGGGGAAUUAACUUUGAAAACCAAAUAGCUCGCUUUUCUUCACGAGGAAUGACAACAUGGGAAUUACCUAGAGGGUAUGGUAGAAUAAAACCAGAUAUUGUUACCUAUGGUUCCGCUGUUAGAGGCUCUGCUCUUAAGGGAGGAUGUAGAUCACUAUCUGGAACAAGUGUAGCAUCCCCAGUUGUAGCAGGGGCAGUAACUCUCUUGUACAGUGCUGUACUAGAUAGAUCACACGUUAUCAAUCCUGCCAGUAUGAAACAAGCUUUAAUGGCAUCAGCUAGAAGACUCCCAGAGGUCAACAUGUUUGAACAAGGUCAUGGGAAACUGGAUCUAAUCAGAGCUUACCAGACACUCAGGACAUAUAAACCUCAGGCCAGCCUUAGUCCAAGUUACAUUGACCUAACAGAAUGUCCAUACAUGUGGCCAUAUUGUACACAGCCAAUUUAUUAUGGAGGAAUGCCAACUAUUGUUAAUGUGACCAUUUUAAAUGGAAUGGGUGUAUCAGGCAAGAUAAUAAAUAAGCCUGAAUGGCAGCCCUAUGUUCCACAGCAUGGUACACAUAUUGAGGUUGCUUUCACUUAUUCAUCGUCACUUUGGCCAUGGUCAGGGUAUCUGGCUGUAUCCAUAACAGUUAGUAAAAGUGCUGCCACCUGGGAAGGAAUAGCUGAAGGACAGAUAACUCUUACAGUAGAAUCUCCUCCAGAGUAUGAUGAAGCAGAACCAAGAAGAACUGAACUUAGAUUACCUGUCAAAGUCAAAAUAAUACCUACUCCACCUAGAAGCAAAAGAAUUCUAUGGGAUCAGUUUCACAAUUUGAGAUACCCACCUGGCUACUUUCCCAGAGACAAUCUGAGAAUGAAGAAUGAUCCUUUAGAUUGGAAUGGAGACCAUAUUCAUACAAAUUUCAAAGAUAUGUAUCAUCAUCUAAGAAGUAAUGGUUACUUUAUAGAGGUUCUAGGUUCACCUUUCACAUGUUUUGAUGCUAGUCAGUACGGUACUCUGUUGAUUGUUGAUGCUGAAGAAGAAUACUUCCCAGAAGAAGUGACAAAACUAAAGAGAGAUAUAGACAAUGGUUUAUCUGUGAUAAUAUUUGCUGAUUGGUAUAAUGUAUCAGUUAUGAAGAAGGUCAAAUUCUAUGAUGAAAACACAAGACAAUGGUGGAUGCCAGAUACAGGUGGAGCCAAUAUACCAGCCUUAAAUGAUUUGAUGAUGUCUCUUGGCAUGGCCUUUAGUGAUGAAGUUUAUGAAGGAGAUUUUAUGAUGGGAGAUCAUGAUAUGUAUUAUGCCUCUGGUACAAGUAUUGCAAAAUUUCCCUCAGAUGGUGUUCUUAUUACUCAGAAUCUGAAAGACCAAGGACAUGAAGUGCUAAAAGGUGAAUCAAAAUCAGUGGAUACAGUGCCUAUACUAGGCAUACAUCAGACAUCAUCUGGGGGACCAGAUAGUGGCAGGGUUGCCUUAUAUGGGGAUUCUAAUUGUCUUGACAACAGUCAUAUGCAGAAAGACUGUUAUUGGUUACUAAGUGCCCUAUUGGAGUACACAGCUUAUAACAACAUGGUUCCUCUGUUUACUGGACAGGAUCAUGUGUCCUUAACAUCUUCUGAACUUCCCACCAGAAUGGAAGGUAACCACCUCCAUAGAUAUUCUAAAGUAAUUGAAGGACAUCUUGGUUCUACAGUGUCAAAGAAACUUCCACCUUGUCCCCAUCAAGUAUGGGCUAAACCACAUCCAAUCAACAAGACAGCAAACAUAAAUCUCUUUCAACAGCAGAAGUUACUUUCAGUAGGUUUAGAUGAAGCAGUUAUCAUAGGAAAUGAAAGAAAAACAUUAGACAUUGGAGCACAGGAAAUAAAGGAACCUAUUGGGCUUCCACAUGAACCUCAUUUUAAAGACAGACAUUCAGUGCAUAGUGUAGACACUGCAGGGGUAUACCCUGUGCUAGCCUUUGUAGGCACAGGAUUAGUGUUGUUGUUUUUACUUAAUCAGUAUUAUAAAGGCAAGGCAAAAACAAAGAAAAAGAGACCAAGGUUUAAAAGGUCACACCAUUCAGUGUAUGGGACUAAAACCCCGGGAGUUUGAUUAACAUGUGAUAUUAGGUUAUUGGUUACUGUGGAUUCAUUUAAUUUCAUGAUUACCAAUUUUCUCGGAUUCAACAAAACAGGUAUUUUUUGCAGAAAAUCAAAUUUAGGGUUAUGCCGUAGUCUGCAUACAAGCAUAUAAAAAAAAUGUAUUCUUUGGACCUUUAAAAUGGGGUAAUGGGCUUUGCUGAUUGUUGAAGGCCGUACAGUGACCUAUAGUUGUUAAUUUCUGUGUAAUUUUGGUCUGGUGUGGAGAGUUGUCUGAUUGGCAAUCAUACCACAUCUUUUUUUUUUACAUUCACUAAUAUAACCACGGAAUCAACCAAAAUUAGUAUCCUCUGAAAUAAUAAUAAAUCCACAGUAAAUGAGUUUUUAUUUUUAUCAUUUACAUGAACAAUGUGAUACUCUUAUGUAGUAAUGAUUUGAUAAAAAUGGCAUUAUAUAAAUCAAUAUUUAAACUUCAUUAAACAUUUGAACAUUAAAAUUAGAAACAUCACCUUAUCUCAUGAGACCUAAUUUACCAAUCUAUGUAAGGGGUAAAUGGUCUACAUUUCUAAAAUAUAAUACAAUUCAUACUGUCACAUCUAUUAUAGGUAGUCGUACUCCAGUUUAAAAACAAGUCAUAAAUCGAAAGUUGUCUUGUCGCCACCCAGGCAUGUGCCAUAAAUUCUGACAACUUCUCCAGUCUCUAGAAUCUAUUCUUAACUUAUAAAUGAUAUAAUCUGUGCUAUAAUGUGGCUUUUUAUUUUGUCACUAUAACCUUUUUAUAGACACACUUCCUUUUUAUUGCAACAACAUUUAUGAUUAUUGACCACUCAUUUACCCUCAAUUUAACAUAAAAUUAGUUACAGAUAUUUAAGAAAGUUCCUCUUAAGCUUUACAAUUUUUACAUGUUAAACCAAUUUACAAUUAGUUGAACCAGAUAAGGUUGUCUUUUCCUUAACCAUUUGUAACAAUCCAUUCAAAAAAGAAAUUGAGGUUCAUAUAUACAUUAUCUUAUUUAGAUAUUUAAUGUGCAGAAGUGGGUGAAAUAAAUAAAAUAAUUGGUAACCAUGCUCCUUUUAAACAUUAUUAGUUUUUGAACCACAAUAAAUCAUUUACCAUGAUUCACACAUAUUUUCAUCACUCCAUAUCAAAGAACCUUAGAACACACUACUAUCGACUACCAUAUCAAAUACCAUACAUAAUUGGUCACAAAUUUGAGUGCAAUCAGUGGUUAUAGUUACAUUAAAACCAUACAAGUGUUAUCUUGUAUACUUUCAGCUGUCUAUUUCUAUUAGAGCUGUCUAACAAUUGUCUUGGUCUGAAAUAAAAGAAAUCUCAGGUGAGACCUUCAGGAACUUUAAACCUGUAUAACUAUGUUCCAAUCUUAUAGAUUGGUCCCAACUGAUGAUAUUAUUUUACACAACUUUUAUGAGAAUUAACAACUAUCAACUUUCAACAUUCAAACAAUUGAAAUUCAUAAAUUGUUAUUUCAUUUAAUUUUAAGAAAAUUGGUAAACACUUGAAUGUUUUUAGUUUUAAAAACUAAUUCCUGAAAUUUUAAUGAAAUUUUAAUGAAGAAUUUAUGGUUUAAGAAGAUAAGUGUUCCCUUAUUAGCUGCAAUUUAGAAAAAAACUGCCAAUUGAAAAAAAACAUCUUGAUGAAAAGCAUAAUCCACAUUUAAUAUCCAUGGACAUUAAUAAUAUUGUUUGUCCCUUUGUCAUUGUUUUUGAUUGCCAAAAUUAUUAUUUUACUUUAAUGUUUUUAUUCAUAAUUUGUCAUGUGUAAAAUUAAUUAAUACAUAUGUAUAUUUAAUGCAAAAGUUUUUAUGAUGUAUUUGAGGGAUGUUAUGUUUUUUGUGUGAGGAGUAAAUGUGUGAUGUUAAAUUUUUAUAUAAAUGAUAAUUUACAUGAAAUCCAUAUUUUAUAAACAUUGACCCAUGUAAUUUUAUAACGAUUUUGUGAAAAGAUAUAUGUGAUGAUAUGUAGUGCUAUCCUUGGAAAAAGGGAGAUAAUUCUUAAUGUCAGUAAUGUGUUUGUAAUAAACAGUUUCUUCAAUGAUUAUUAAGUUUUCAUAGGUUACAGAGUUUUAUAGUUAGGGUUAAUUGAGAGACUUUGCUUCUCAGUUUCAAAAUAAUAAGCUUUUCAAAACACUACAGUAUAUUGGAUAGGUGAUAAAUAAAAGAACCCAAAGAGCCAAAAAAAUAUAUGUCAAUGUGCUUGCUUUCGAGAUAUAAGCCCAUGAAAUUUUGGCUGGAAAAUGUUCUCUCUUGACUUUUCAUACAUUGUAGCUUUAUCUUUGACAAGUUUUAAGUUUUCAAAAACUAUUUAAGAAUAAUGAAAAUUUUAUAAGACUUGUACAGAUGGCUUAUCAUUAUACAUGUAAAAGGUUUAUAAAAAGAAAAAUUGGGGUUUAUGGGCAGUUUUUUUUCAAGGUAUUCAAUUGGUUAAACCAGAGGAUUCUGAAAAUCUG